AUGCGGACUUCCGUCUUCCAUGCUGCCGCCGCCGCCGCCCUAGUCUUCGCCGGCUUGGGCUCUGCCGCUGACCUCGAUGAGUGGAAGUCGCGGUCCAUCUACCAGGUCAUGAUCGAUAGGUAUGCGCAAACUGAUGGCUCUACGGAUAAAACUUGCGAGAUGCAUUUGUUCUGUGGCGGGACAUGGAAAGGACUCAUGAACAAGCUUGACUACAUCCAAGACAUGGGCUUCACUGCGAUCCAGAUCAGCCCCAUCGUCAAGAACAUCAAUGACCACACAUCUGUCGGAGAUGCCUACCACGGUUACUGGUCCGUCGAUAACUACGCCCUCAACGAUCGGUUCGGCACAGAACAAGAGUUCAAGGACCUCGUGGCUGCCACACACAAGCGGGAUAUGCUACUCAUGGUUGACGUCGUCGUCAAUAACAUGGUCCAGUCCUUCGACAACGUCGUCCCUCCCAAGGUCGACUACUCCAAGUUCAACCCGUUCGACGACAAGAAGUAUUUCCAUCCUUACUGCAACGUGACCGAAUGGGAGAAUUCGACCAACUACCAGAACUGCUGGCUCUACCCGUACGGCGUUGCGCUCGCCGAUUUGGCCACCGAAACCAAGCCCGUGGCGGACGAGCUGGGCAGCUGGGCGAAGGGGCUUGUUACCAACUACUCGAUCGAUGGCCUCCGUAUCGACGCUGCCAAACAUGUCAACGAUGAAUUCCUCCCGGGGUUUGUCAAGUCUUCCGGCGUGUUUGCCUUUGGUGAGGUCCUAUCCGGCCUUCCUGAAGACAUGUGCCGAUACCAGACCCUUGGACUCCUUCCGGGCAUGCCAAACUACCUCGAGUACUACCCCCUCAACGAGGCCUUCAACGGCGGUUCUUUGAUCGAUGUCGCGAAUAUGCGUAAUGAUGCUGCCUCGAGCUGCAACGAUACCGCCGCGCUCGGCAGCUUCCUCGAGAACCACGACAUGCCCCGGUUCGCCAACCGCAACGACGAUAUGGCGCUUGCGAAGAACGCUAUGACCUACAUUCUCCUCAACGACGGCAUUCCCACAGUCUACCAGGGCCAAGAGCAGCACUUUAAGGGUAACGGCACCCCCUUCAACCGCGAACCUCUGUGGACUUCCAAAUACGACAAGGAAGCCCCGCUCUACGUUCUCACGUCGGCCUUGAACAAGGUGCGCAACAACGCGAUCAAGCUGUCCAAGGACUACAUCUCGACCCCGUCCGAGACCCUCUGGGCCGACGUCAACCACCUCUGCCUCAAGAAGGGCCCGUACGGCAGCCAGGUCGUCUUCUGCAUCAACAACAAGAGCAGCAAGGGCGACAGCUACCAGGUCAGCGUCGGCGGCUUCCAGGCCAACGAUAAGGUCGUCGAGGUCCUCAGCUGCAAGACCAGCACCGCCGACGUCUCGGGCAACGUCACCAUGUACAUGGGCAAGGGCGAGCCCAAGGCCUACGUCACCGAGAAGGCGCUGAAGGGCACGGGGCUCUGCGCCAAGACCGAGGAGGAUGCGCCGGUCGAGAACGGCGCCGGUGUGCUGGGGCUGACCGGCAGCAUCGUCGUGGCCGUUGCUUUCGGGUGGGCCGCGGUUGUUCUCGCGUAA